CUCAUAAAAGCUCUGCAAGGUGGGCAUUUUAAAGCAACUCUCACGGGGGUUCAACUCCAGCAUGCACAGUGGACCUCUAGCCAAGAAAAAGUUUGCUCUGGAGAGCUGCCUGCACUGCACCGCCCUGCUGGAAAUGAUGAAACCUCAGUGACUUCAGCAGCAGAGGGGGUUCCCGCUGGGGCUGCGGGGUGAUGCUUCCCUCAGGACCUCGCUGAAACACAGGCUGGACUCAGACCUUGCCCAUGGCCCACAAGGUGCCCGAGAGGACCCCACUGGCAGCCCUCUCUCUGGUUCCUCACAGACCUCUGCCUGCUGCUCCUGAAAGAGGCUGAACCCCGCUUCCACCGGCAGCUGCGCAGUCAGAGGCUCAGCAUGUUGGCAAGAGCAAUGGAGCUCUGGCACGGCCUAGCCAUCGCAGCAGUGUCCCUCCUCCUCCAGGCCUGCCUCCUCGCUGUGACUGGUUACCUGCUCAGCCGGCACAUAGCCAGGCAGAGUGAACAGAUGCUCAAAGACGUCAGGCUGCAGGCCCAGGGCUCUCGCCCUGCCCACCAGCCCCUGCCAGCUGCCAAGGAGACCACGGAGACCUGGACGGAGAGAAGCACCCCGGCAUCCGUACCCCGAUACAAGGGUGAGAGUGACACAUCCUCGGACAGCUCGGACAGCUCGGAUGGCAGGGACAGCUCACCUCCCACCUGCCAGGUCAGCAAGGGUGUGAAUUACACGCAAGUGGUCUUCUCGACCCCUGGAGGUCUAAGCAGGGGAUCUGCCCUGGACUAUGAGAACAUGAAGGACACCACAGACUAUGUCAAUGUCAACCCAAAAAGCCCCAAGCCUAAUUCCUGGACUUUUUCAAACCCUGCCGUCUCUGAGCCGGUGGAGUACACUCAAGUGGUUAUAUGAAUUCUAGGUUUUUUUUUUAAAAAAAAUAAGGUACAAUUCUCUAUUGAUUCUUGCAUAAUAAUUCCUUUAAACUAAAAAAAAUAUGUAUAGGGGAAAAAAAGGUCUGGGCCCCAACAAGAAGGCUCCAGACCAGAUGUUAGGAAGAACUCGCAAGCAAGGUUUGAAAACCUUGGCAACUACAGGAGAGAAAAGGGGGAGGUCUUUAUAAAAGUUUUAAUCAGCGCCAGUGAAGUUCCCUUUGGUGAUCUUAAGGUUAAAUGACUUCUUUUUGAGUUCUUUAAUUAUUUGCAAUAAAUACUUUUCUUAACGUUUUUAAGUAGAGUUGCAGUACUGGUUCCUCUUCUCCUCUUGCCUAAUCCUGCAUGUUGGCCCUUUUAUCAGUGAUGAAUUUUUGCUGAAUAAUCCUGCUUUGCCUUCAGAACUUCAGAUAACUCACUUACAAAGCCUAUCACCAAUCUGUCUUUGAGGUGGUGAUUUUUUUUUUUUUAUAAACAAAAAUGACAAAGAGAAUCCUAGUCAGUAUCAGCUGGCAUCACAAUCGGUUAUUCCAAGGAAAAUAUUUCAAAUUUUAA